ACUGUCCGACCUGACUUUGACUAAGAUACCCCACAAGAGUCAACCUGUCAGAUACAGAUUGUUUACUGAACGGUCUCAGGAACAGAAGAUUUGCUAAACCAACAUGAUACUUCCUGCUAUGAUAGCUUCAUGCUUUGUCGUACUGGCCCUUCAGAUCUCUGUGAGUAAUAGAUAUGCAUCUUUUUACUGGUCCUGCAAAUCUCUGUAAUAUAUGUACAUUUUUGUACUGGCCCUUCAGAUCUUUGUAAUAGAUGUCUAUUCUUGUACGGUGUCCACAGAUAUAUCUAUGUACAUUGUUGUACUGGUCCAUCAUAUUGGUCAAGUAUUUUUUUAAAAUAUUUUACUUUAGGCAUCUUUUCUUUAAACGCACUAUUUUGAACUACAUACAUUGCAAGCAGUAAUCCUUUGUAAGUUUCCAGUGGAUCGCCGCUUGAAUCUCGUUUCAACAUGUCCAUUAUGUAACAUGUUAUUCGUCCAUUCUUACUUACAAACCCAGUCAUAUUUUUACGCAAUGUAAAUUAUUAUUAUGGAUCAGCAGUCAGAACGCAAACUAGGUUGAUGGAUGAGCAGUCAGAAAGCAAACUGGGUUGAUGGAUUACCAGACAGAAAUCUGGCCUAAUGUCAAAUUGACAGUAAAAAAUUUAGUAGACCAUUCGACGUUUGGAGGCACUUUGUAACUUUUCGGUUGUGCCUCCCUUAUUCAAACUUUUGGCCCUUUACAUAACCGAGGAACCCAGAAGACGGAAGUUGUUUUGUUUUUUCAUUCCGCCUUGAAAGCCCAGAUGAAAAAAAAAAUUGAGAUUGGACAGACCUUUUUAAAAUUUAAAAAAAAAUAAAUUAAAAUUUAAAUGAUGAGAUAAUAGUAAAUAACAUUUCAUUUGUUGCCUCUUUGGAUUCAUUUUAGGGUAACCUUGGCCAGAAUGCUGAUGACAAGGACGCUGAGGUCAACAGGAUUAUUGCUUGCAACGAAGAUGUCUUGGAAAAAGCAAAGUCUGGUAUGUUGUAAUACUGUUCGCAAUCAAAUAUAAUUUCUCUACAUUGAGGCCAAUAAAUCGGGGACUGAAUAUCACAAGAUUUAUUAUUAGGGUUUAGAUGCAUAGUGUGUCACAUAUCAAUACAAUAUUUAAUAAAAAUGAAAAUUUAUCAUUUAUGUCUGAAUUUUUUCUAAAUAUUUGGUAGUUAGCUAUAAUGUUUGGUAGUUAGCUAUAAUGUUUGGUUGUUUGGUAGUUAGCUAUAAUGUUUGGUAGUUAGCUAUAAUGUUUGGUAGUUAGCUUUAAUGUUUGGUAGUUAGCUAUAAUGUUUGGUAGCUAGCUAUAAUGUUUGACCAAAGUAGGCACAAGUUCAUCUUUUGUCUGCCUCAUUUUACCUUUUUACCCUUAGGAUAUCCAACGAUAACCCGUAGAAGUGAUUAUGUUGACUAUGUUAUACCCUAAGUAGUAUGGGUAUGCAGUGUUUACCAUGUUAUAUCCUUUGUAAUAAGGGUAUAUGUGUACCAAGUUAUACAUUAGAGGUAUCAGUACGCUGUGUUUAACAUUUUCAGACCUGUCUACCCCUGGGUUAGUGACAGAGUAGCUUUCAGCUCUCAAAACUUAUUUUACAAUUUCAAAGAGUGAUUUAAUCAUAUCGUGGUGGAAAAAAGAAAAUACAAAAAGGGGUGGGGGGGGGGGCUGGUUUUUAAUAAAAAUACAAGUUGUAUCAGGAAAUCUACUCCACUUCUUAUGUCAGUUAACACAAAUAAAUAUAGAGGCUAUAGGUCUCCGAUAUAAUGUUUCUUAAGGAUGAGAAAAGGUCUCAGGCAAGCACAAAAGUCUCUAACUGCAUAGACUAGGUUUACUGAAGGACGUAUCUGAGCUUAAAUUCUUGACUAUUGCAACACAGCAGUUUGUGUUUGUGUGUGUGUUUUAAUAAUAUGAAAAUGAAAACAAGAAUGAAUUUGUAAAACUAAAAAAAAUAUUGAAGUAGAAAAUACAAGAACAAAAUUAAGUUGUAUAAACGAAUAUAUUUAUUAAAAUUAUCUGCAAUAAUGGAAAUUUGUCCUCAAUUUGCUUAAAAAAAAUUUACGAUUGUUUGCCUUGAUAAUACAAAGUUGUGAAAAAGUUUUGUGCAUUUGUUUAGUCCCUGUGGGAUUCUAGAACAUGUAUUGAUCUACCACUAGUAGAACACAUCUCCUCUGAAGAGAAACUAUUCUGGUUGGUUCAUUGAGAUCCAGACCGCAAAGACCAAUGACUGUUAUUCUUAUUCUACUGCAUGCGGUGUAAACACAAAAAGAGGCGGUUAUUUUUUAUUGAAAACACCCAAAUUAAACAAACAAAAAAAACAGAUAUUAAACAUAAACGAAACCAACGAAAAAAAACUCUAUGAUCCUUAUUUCUUUUUUUUUUUUGGCUCGUCGUAGUGCCGAAGACAUAGGCUUAAAACGUAGUUACUUCGGGGAAAGCGUAAGGGUAGAAAGGUCCGCAUGUUAUACGCUAAGUAGUAGGGGAACGCUGUGUUCGCCAUGCUAUACCAUAAGUAGUAUGGUUACGCUGUGUUAAGCCAUGUUAUACCAUAAGUAGUAUGGUUACGCUGUGUUAAGCCAUGUUAUACUCAAUGUGUAACAGGUCAUACCCUAAGUAGUAUGGUUACGCUGUGUUAAGCCAUGUUAUACUCAAUGUGUAACAGGCUAUACCCUAAGUAGUAUGGUUACGCUGUGUUAAGCCAUGUUAUACUCAAUGUGUAACAGGCUAUACCCUAAGUAGUAUGGUUACGCUGUGUUAAGCCAUGUUAUACUCAAUGUGUAACAGGCUAUACCCUAAGUAGUAUGGGUACGCUGUGUUAAGCCAUGUUAUACUCAAUGUGUACCAGGUCAUACCCUAAGUAGUAUGGUUACGCUGUGUUAAGCCAUGUUAUACUCAAUGUGUAACAGGUUCUACCCUAAGUAGUAUGGUUACGCUGUGUUAAGCCAUGUUAUACUCAAUGUGUACCAGGUCAUACCCUAAGUAGUAUGGUUACGCUGUGUUAAGCCAUGUUAUACUCAAUGUGUAACAGGUUCUACCCUAAGUAGUAUGGUUACGCUGUGUUAAGCCAUGUUAUACUCCAUGUGUAACAGGUCAUACCCUAAGUAGUAUGGUUACGCUGUGUUAAGCCAUAUUAUACUCAAUGUGUAACAGGUCAUACCCUAAGAAGUAUGCUAAGAUAAAAAUUGUAUGUCCAUCGCCAGGUAUCCACGCAACGGACCUUGAGACCGGGUUGGCUAAGUGCAGCCAGUUGGUUGACCAAUACCUGGACUCACUAGAAGCCAGCGGUAAGUUAUCAUUGAUCAACACUAGGAAACUGACCAAUGGUGUGGAGCCAUGUAUUUAUAGAAUAACAAAACCCCAAGUAAUGAUAUCCUAACCUCAUUAAGUUUUGGGUCAGAGAUCUGGUUUUCAUAUGUGUCCACUAAAGUACUAUGAGACUUUGAUAUAUGACAAAUGGACUACUACCAUCUGUGACAUUCACAUUUGACCACUGAUAUCAUAAUGUUAAAAACUCAUUAAAUCGCUGAUAAAGUGACGUGACAAUAUCAUUAAACAACUAAAUUAAUGAUGUGACGAUCUCUUAAACUAUGAAAUUAAUGACGUGACAAUAUCAUUAAACCACUAAAUUAAUGAUGUGACGAUCUCUUAAACUAUGAAAUUAAUGUUGUGACAAUCUCUUAAAACACUAAAUUAAUGAUGUGACAAUCUCUUAAAUUAUGAAAUUAAUGAUGUGACAAUCUCUUAAAACAUCAAUUUAAUGAUGUGACAAUCCCUUAAACCACUAAAUUAAUGAUGUGACAAUCUCUUAAACCACUAAAAUAAUGAUGUGACAAUCUCAUUAACCUGUAAUUAAUUUCCGCCUGUCUAUCUAAUUCAUUGUUGAAUGUUAUAUUUGUUUUCAGUUUCCGGACAGAGCAUCUACGACCUCAUCUCUUCCAUGAGUCCCAGCGAUCACACGAUUGUCGUUUCUUCGGUGUUUGAUAGUAAGAUAAAGAGCUCUUCAUUAGGACAUAACUAGUCAAUAGAACAUACGUAUUAAAUAGAACACUGCUAUUCAUUAUAAAACUACUAGUCUAUAGAACAGAAAUAUUCCAUACAGCAUAACUAUUCAAUAGAGCAGAUCUACUCAAAUGAAGAAAUAACAAAGAGUUAUUGAAAUGCGACACAAACGAUGAAUGGAAGUUCUGUGGAUGCACAGAGAAUGGAUGCACAGAGAAUGGAUGCACAGAGAAUGGAUGCACAGAGAAUGGAUGCACAGAGAAUGGAUGCACAGAUAAUGGAUGCAUCCCAAAUUAAACAAUAGCAUUUUAAUAGGUGUGCUGUACAUGAAUUGAUCACCAUUUUGAACGGAAAAAACGAGUAAGGGUGUUGUAAACCACAAGUGGUACGUGUGUUGCAAACAGGAAAUGGUAAGGGUGUUAGUAAACAUGAAGUGGUAAGGGUGUUAGUAAACCAGAAGUGGUAAGGGUGUUAGUAAACCAGAAGUGGUAAGGGUGUUAGUAAACCAGAAGUGGUAAGGGUGUUAGUAGACCAGAAGUGGUAAGGGUGUUGUAAACACAAAGUUGUAAGGGUGUUAGUAAACCAGAAGUGGUAAGGGUGUUAGUAAACCAGGAGUGGUAAGGGUGUUUAGUAAACCAGAAGUGGUAAGGGCGUUGUUAUCCAGCCGUGGUAAGGGCGUUAUAAACCAGCCGUGGUAAGGGCGUUAUGAAGCUGCCGUGUUCCUCCACUCAUUUUUGAAAAUAUUCAUUCUUUAAAUGACAUGUCAUCUACAGUGACUCAACAUGUAGUGUAUGGUCUAAUAAUAAUUAGAAUCUUCUGAUGAGUGUUGCAAUGCACACGCUGUUUAUAGUGUAAAGUUUGGCGCUGGCCUACAGCACUAUCGUACACAUAAUGAAAGCCUCUAAAGUCUAACUCAUUAAAGAUCUAUGUUUACAGUAACAUCAAAGAAGUCUUGGAAUAUGAGAAGAAGGCUGGAAAAUCCAAUCAAGCCGCAUGUUAUUUUGAAAUGAUUUCAUCUUCUAUGUUUAGUUUAUCUCUGAUGACUUCGUCAUGAUUUCAUCUUCUAUGUUUGGUUUAUUUCUGAUGACUUCGUCAUGAUUUCAUCUUCUAUGUAUGGUUUAUUUCUGAUGACUUCGUCAUGAUUUCAUCUUCUAUUUUUGGUUUAUCUCUGAUAACUUCGUCAUGAUUUCAUCUUCUAUGUUUGGUUUAUCUCUGAUAACUUCGUCAUGAUUUCAUCUUCUAUGUUUGGUUUAUUUCUGAUGACUUCGUCAUGAUUUCAUCUUCUAUGUUUGGUUUAUUUCUGAUGACUUCGUCAUGAUUUCAUCUUCUAUUUUUGGUUUAUCUCUGAUAACUUCGUCAUGAUUUCAUCUUCUAUGUUUGGUUUAUCUCUGAUAACUUCGUCAUGAUUUCAUUUUCUAUUUUUCUGCCAUAGAUGACUUUGUCGUCGUGGGCAACAAAAUCGGAAAUUUUUUAACAAUGGUCCAAGAUCUUGUGAGGAAGAUAAGCGGUGAAAAAGGUAACUAAGACACCUUGAUUUAUUGGUGGUGCACUAUAGCUUAACUAAGACACCUUGAUUUAUUGGUGGUGCACUAUAGCUUAACUAAGACACCUUGAUUUAUUGGUGGUGCACUAUAGCUUAACUAAGACACAUUGAUUUAUUGGUGGUGCACUAUAGCUUAACUAAGACACCUUGAUUUAUUGGUGGUGCACUAUAGCUUAACUACGACACCUUGAUUUAUUGGUGGUGCACUAUAGCUUAACUAAGACACCUUGAUUUAUUGGUGGUGCACUAUAGCUUAACUAAGACACAUUGAUUGAUUGGUGGUGCAAUAUAGCUUAACUAAGACACCUUGAUUGAUUGGUGGUGCAAUAUAGCUUAACUAAGACACCUUGAUUGAUUGGUGGUGCAAUAUAGCUUAACUAAGACACCUUGAUUGAUUGGUGGUGCAAUAUAGCUUAACUAAGACACCUUGAUUUAUUGGUGGUGCAAUAUAGCUUAACUAAGACACCUUGAUUUAUUAGUGAUGAAAUAUUAUAGCUUAACUAAGAAACCUUGAUUGAUUGGUGAUAAAAUAUAACUUAAAUAAGACAUCUUGGCUUAUUGGUGAUAAAAUAUAACUUAACUACGACACAUUGAAUUAUUGGUGAUAAAAUAUAACUUAACUAAGACACAUUGAAUUAUUGGUGGAGAAAAAAUUAUUUAACUAAGACACCUUGGCUUAUUGGUGAUGAAUAAGGCCUUUAUUGUAAAUAUACGAUAAGACUAUUCAGUUGAAUUUCAAUUUACUUAUUUCACAUUUUUCCUAAAGGCGGGGCAUAUGACGUGUUAUUGAACAACAAGAAGAAAAUUAUAAUUCUCUUAACCGAACAACAAUGAAAAUCCAGGAUUUAUUUCGCUAUCAAUUAUUAUAAUUAAAAAUAUCCAUGUCUUUUUUUUAACCUGAAUUAGAUAUUUAUAUUGACCAACUCUCGACUUCUUUCUCCUUAGUCAAUGAGUUGUAUCAAUGAAGUGUAUCAUUUAUCCUGCACAAUCUAUGGCAGGUGAUACAAAUCAUUUCAAACAGUCACACAUUCCAUCAAAAUAAACAUCUGAUUUUAACUUACUCCUCACAGACCCCGAGAUCAGGAAUGUUUAUCUGGCAACCUUGAAAUUCAUCAUUGACUCGAUUGUCCGCAGUGUUCAAACAGCUGGUCAGUUGUUAAUUGGUUUGCGAUUGCGUUGUAAAUGACGUGUAGUGAUUGUUGUGUAAAUGAUGUGUAUUGAUUGUUGUUUGAUGGAUUGUGGAGAAAUUUUUUUUUGGUAUAGAGCAGUUGAAACCAUUAUAGGGUUAGCAGUGUUGUUUAAUGUAGUGCAGAGAAAAUAUUCGUUGAGAUCAGUGUAACACCAAUUAGGAAAAAAAAAACUCUUUAAGGUGAGGGGUCAGCAAAUCAAUAACAAAUAUCAGUGUUUAGAGAAAGAUGAAGAUUUAUUUGAAAAUUCAUGUUUGAUUUGCCAUUGAGAAAUAGAAUAAUUUAAUUAUAUUUCUUAUUACAAUAAAUGUACUAUAUAUUUAUAUUAAUAAAGAUAUAACUCUUAAAUGAUAUCACCAUGUACAUUUUUUAAGGAGAGAUAUGUUUUAAAAAAAUAAAAGGUGAAAUCUGCAAUGCACUGCAUUAUUUUUGAAGCAAAUAGUAUAACCAGAUAUGUUAAAAUUUGAAAACACUACAAUCAGAAGAGCGUUUCGGUGAGACGCCUUCGUCCGGAGACGAAACUUGAAAGGAAAAAAAAAAGAGAAAUUCAAAGACUUGGCUUUCACAUAUCUUGUAAAACUUCCCUUCCCACGACUUGAACACAAUCCAGUCCUAUAUUAUGCUAAUAUGUGUUAAUUUAGGUAAUGUUAUAAUACUAAUAAAAAAAGGCUUAUUUGAAAAUCACGCUUCAUCCCCAAAGACUCAAAGCGCGUUACAAAGUCAUCCAUAUUAAAAAAAAAUGAAAAAAAAAUCAUAAUUUUAUAUCAUAUUACUCUCAUUAGCUCAUUAUUUUUUAAACCAGGGAUUAUUUCGAACAAAUAUCUUUUCAGAGAGACUCUAUCCCUACUAUCUGACAACUGGAGAUGAGACCAACAGCAACAUCAAGAGAUCUUGGGAAGUCAAAGGUAAAUUCAGUUAUUUCUUUAGCCACAUAAAUUGAACAAUGAUAAAUUCUCAUUCUUCAAGUCUUUUCUCAAGUUCUUAGACGGGAAUUCCCCAUUUAAUAACCACUCUGAGAAACAAAUGGGACAAUGUCAAUGUUCUUCUAGAAACGGUGAAGAAAGGAUGUGUCUCACCUAAGACACACACAAUUAUUAUUUUUGACUGGAUUUAAGCCGCCAAACAUUGGCGACAGCCAUGCGUGAACUUCAAAUCUACUAAAGUUACUGGACAAAACAUGAACUCAAGUAACACACAUUUAAGAAUCCCAAUAUUACACCCGUUUCCCCCAUGAUACGUCACUGCACACUUUUAAUUUUUGCCCCUGAACUAUAUUAAAUGCUCUGAUUCCCAACCAAUUUUAAACCAAAUAUGUAUUAUAAAAUACUUAAAUUGAGACAAUUUCAUUUUCCGAAAAGAAAAUAUUACGCGCUAAACGCAGUUGCGUUAUCUAAAAAAACAACAUUUAGCGUAGUUAUCGGGAAUUAUCUUUUACGCGCAACUGAACUCAUUAUUGAACCAUACUUUAUUUGAAACAUUUAUAACUAGAAUAUAUAACCCAAUGUUAUCGGGAUAAGAAUGGUAGGUUCUUUAAGAUGAUAUCUACCUGUUAUUUCAAAAACUCAUCACAAUUCCUAACUUUAAAAAGAAACAUCUAUGUAAUGAUAUUUGAGUCUCUAACAUCAUUAAGUUUUAAUGAGUAUUUAUCCGCUAUAUAUUAUACGCCUACCUUACUAUAUUUCACGCCUUGUUUUGUCCUCUAAACAUGAUUAAAAUUACCAGUCUAUAUUUUCACUAAUUAUAUCACUUUGUCACGAAAGAAGUUAAUUGAGUUUCGGUUAAGUGACGGUUUCUACGCUAGAGAAAUACUUUAGAUUCACCCCUUUUCUUGUCAUUAAGCUACAACAUUUUUGUUUCUCUAAAACUUGUAAAAAACAUAAUCUAAAAUUUACAACAAAAACUCUAUGUAUUAUAUAAAUAUGUUUUAUAUUAAAGGAAUUUGAUAUAGUAAUAUCCUAUUUAAAAAUAUAAAUAAACUUUUGCCUUGUCUUUUUAAUUAUACAUUAUCAGAAAAUCGUUUAAAAAAAAUUCUUUUAUCAAAAGAGCAAUCUCGGAACCGUUUUUCACGUCUAUAACAGACUUGAAUGUCUUUUUUUUUAAAUUGUUAAUCUCAUAAAAAUACAUAUCCUCUUUCCUUUUCGCAAAGUAAAAAAUAAUAUAUAUUUUCAAUUUUUUUAAAAAACAUAUUAACCCAUCUCCAUUUUUCUAAAUUAAAUUUUCUAGUGUGUAAAAUGAUCAGGGUUUUGAUUGCUAUUCAUGGGUAUACUGAUAUUAAUGUAGUCACGUUUUGAUGACGUCAUGGGUAUACUUAUAUAAAUGUACCCACGUUUUGUUAACGCCAUUGAUAUUCUUAAUUGGUUAACAUAUGUUUAUUUUUAAAAAGAGAAUGAAACAUCUCUUUUUUCACAAAUGUAAUACCAUAGGAUUUAAAUAUAUUUUCAUCCAUGUAAAAACGUACACAUCCUAGUUCCUACCUCCGAUCUGUAUGUACCCAAGAAGGUUAAUUAUUUAUCAAUUUUGUUCCUAUAUUUUGAGACGUAUCUUGUGCUGCCUGGGGCAAAAUGACCAACCCCUCCCCCCCCCCCCACAGAUUUAAAUAAAAGUAAUACAAUCUUCCACCGGAUUGUAGCCCCUUCCAUACCCAAACCAACAUAUUUUGCACGUCAUAUGGUUUGUUUGUUAUUUGGAUGAUUGUAUGUACCCAAGAAGGUUAAUUAUUUAUCAAUUUUGUUCCUAUAUUUUGAGACGUAUCUUGUGCUGCCUGGGGGAAAAUGACCAACCCCCCCCCCCCCCCCCCACAGAUUUAAAUAAAAGUAAUACAAUCUUCCACCGGAUUGUAGCCCCUUCCAUACCCAAACCAACAUAUUUUGCACGUCAUAUGGUUUGUUUGUUAUUUGGAUGAGUUAUAAUUGGAUUAGUAAAUGCUAUUUGGCUAUAGAGUUUCUCUGCACCGAUUGAUUUAAACGAUAUUUUCUUAUUAGAAGUAUAUUAAAAGGUUAAGUUUUUAUUACGUUAUACAUUUAAGAAAAGUAUAUUUUAGGAAUUUAAAAAAAAAAAAAAAAUCCUAUUAAAUGUUAAAAAUACAAAGGUAAAAUUUAUUUUGUAUGUUUUAUUAAGAAUUAAAAAGCAUUCAAUUAUAUUUGUUAAUUUUACAUUUAAGAAAGGGAAAAUACAUUAUCGAUUUUGUAACGCGCGGCUAUUAAAUGAAAGAAACCAAAGAGUUUUUGCUGAAAUAGGCGAUUCACGCUAUGACGUCAUUUGCGUGCUUAUUUAGAACUAAUUAAAUCUUAUUUUUAUUUCGCAAUAUUAACAACACACUUAAAAAACGCACUUAAAACAAUUGAUGUUUGGGUUUUCCCGAUAAAUGUGAUUACUGUGUAAUUAUUUGCUUUUUUUUUCAUGACUUUUGACGCAUGUAAAAUGCUUAAGAUAGUUCCUAAUUUUUUGUGUGCCUGAAAUGUAUUUGUAAUUGAUAAUACUAAUACUCAAACUUUUAUUAAAAUAAAUGAUAAUUCAUAAUAUUUUUUUGCGCAUUUCAAUUUAUUCGAUUUCCGUAAAACAAUAGAAAACAACUAUGAUCAUUUUUAAGAAUCCGAAGGUAUUUAAAUCUUUUCGGUUCUUGAGUGGUACGGUCAGCCCAGCUCAUUCUUAUAUAUGUAUUUUUCGUAAUAUACGAAUUCGCGGAUUAGGAAGCAGUUUAUUUUGAAGCCUUCCAUUAGGGAGCAAUUCCCGAGUCACACCAGGAGCGUAAUAUAUAUUUAAUAGAUCAUAACGUUUUACUUAAAUAUAGAUUAUGUUAUAGAUCACUUGCACCGCCAACUUGUAUCAUAGAGCACCACAUUUUUUUACUGUUAUAUUUUCUUCUGUUUAUCCCAGGGAGCAUUAGCACUGGAUCCGGUGGUACUAAAGGGAGCGUAUCCGCUUCCAAAUCAUGGGGGGUAAGCACUUUGGGUUAAAACUAUUUUAAUAGCACUUUGGAUUAACAGUAGUUUAACAGCACCUUGGAUUACCACUAUUUUUAUGCCACUUUGGAUUUAGAACAUUUUAAAAGCACUUGACAAAAGCAUUUUUUAUGAAGUAAUAAAUACAUGUUUCAAGGGGCUCGAUGUAGCACUGCUACAUUAUAAAGCAUCACUGUAAUUGUAAUGUAAGACUUCACUUUGAUGCUAAAUCACGCUAGCUGCUUUUGUUUCCGUAUAGCUACAACGAGUCAGUGUUUGACUGCAAAGUGCAAGUUGAAAGCUAAUAUCAAGUCGCAGGACUUUCGUCUUAGCGCUUAAUACGUCAUGUUAGAUCGAUAACCCAAAUAUUUAGCAGUAUCUGCGAAAUCGAUAACCCAAAUAUUUAGCCCUAUCUGUGGUCUCUGAUGUUUUUGAAAUCUUGAUUACAGAGACGGAGUGUCGUGUCUUUGGACAGGAAUAGGAGACGUGAGUUAUUUUAUAUUAUAUUUUUAUACUCGGGUGUAUCGGGUCAUUAAGUUGUUAAACCAGGACUGGAUAUUUUAUUUAUACAAGGAAAAAUCUGGUCAUGAGCUUUGCACAGGGUUGGUCAUUUGUGUGCUGGUUUAUUACACACAGAUCGUUCGGUAAUUUACAGAGGUAUUUACAGAGUUAAUUUACAUAGGUGUUCACAGAGGUAUUUAAACAUUAUCUUAAAUUGGCGUAUUUAUUAGCACAUACAAAAUUUAAAAAGGAGAUAUUGCAGUUUUCGAAUUAGAAUUCUAAGAAUUCAAUUGAAAAUAUGCAUAUUGUAAAAGUCAGAACUGUGGUCAAUGUUAUUUUUAUGGAUAUGGUUGGAUUAAUGGAUUCACUGAUUACGCUUUCGUUGGUGGAUAGUGAUAUGUAGGUUAUUUUGCAAUUUUGUAAGAAUAUGUUUAUUUAUUUUCAAUGGAAGGUAGUUUAUGAUGUGUGUGAGAUGGAUGAUGUUAUUUUGUUGUUAUGGACGCUAUUAUAUAAAGUAGAUAAGAUGGAUAACGUUAAUGUUUCCGGAAGUUAACUUAUUGAAUAGAAUUUCUUAGCAAAUUGUGUCAGAUCACUCUUGCAUCCCUAGGUCUAACAAGCCCUUCAAGCCUUUUAACCCUAGGUUUUACAAGCCAUUUAACUCCAGGUCGAAAAAACCCAUUUAACCUCAGGUCUUACAAAACUUAACCCCUUGUCUUACAAGCCAUUUACCCCUAGUUCUUACCAGCCAUUAACCCUGUUCUAACAAGCCCUUCAAUUCUAGGUCUAACAAGCCAUUAAACCCUGGUCUAACAAGCCCUUCAAUUCUAGGUCUAACAAGCCAUUUAACCCUAGGUCUUACAAGCCCUUCAACCCCAGGUCUUACAAUCCAUUUAAUCCCAGGUCUUACAAGCGAUUUAACCCCAGGUCUUACAAGCCAUUUAACCCUAGGUCAUUGGUUCUCAACCUUUCCCAUGCUGCGACCCUUUAAAACAGUUCCUCAUGUUGUGGUGAACCCCAGCCACAAAAUUAUUUUCGUUGCUACUUCAUAACUGUAGAGUAUUUGUGUUUACAGAUGGUCUUAGGCAACCCCUGGGAGAGAGUCGUGCGACCCCAAAAGGGGUCACGACCCAAUAGGUCUUACAAGCCAUUUAACCCUAGGUCUUACAAGCCAUUUAACCCUAGGUCUUACAAGCCAUUUAACCCUAAGUCUUACAAGCCAUUUAACCCUAGGUCUUGAACUCCUUUUAACAGUAGGUCUUACAAGCCAUUUAACCCUAGGUCUUACAAGCCAUUUUACCCUAGGUCUUAAACUACUUUUAACAGUAGGUCUUACAAGCCAUUUAAAUCCAAAUUGUACAACCCAUUUAACCUCAGGUUUUACAAAACUUAACCCGUGGUCUUACAAGCCAUUUAAACCUAGAUCCUACAAGCCAUUUAGCCCUAGGUCUUAAACUCCUUUUAACAGUAGGUCUUACAAGACAUUUAACCCUAGAUCCUAAAAUCCAUUUAACUCUAGGUUUUACAAGCCAUUUAACUCCAGGUCGAAAAAACCCUUUUAACCUCAGUUCUUACAAAACUUAACCCCUGGUCUUACAAGCCAUUUACCCCUAGGUCUUACCAGCCAUUAAACCCAGUCUUUACAAGCCCUUAUUUAAAACUCUGUCUUACAAGCCCUCUAAUCCCAGGUCUCACAAGUCCUUUUAACCUGGGCAUUACAAGCCAACGUUAUGAUUAACAUGUAAUAACUAUGUCGGAUCAUUUGACUGUUCUAGAAUGGAGGGUAGCCUUGGCGGAGGAUGGAGUUCCAAUGGUGGAUGGCAUGCUAGUGCCUCUCUUAGCUACACAUUUGGUUGAUACAGUGACGUCACAAUCACCCCAUCCACUACGAGGCUGUAAACUAUUCCUUUAAACAUGUUGUUGAAACACUUUGUAAAAGAAUAAACAGUUCAGUAAAGGAAAA